UCCUUUAUUUUUUUAGUAGUGAAGCUCAUCCGUACAUAAAUAUUACACCGUUUUUAUUUUAUUUUUAUGUUCUGCUCAGCUGAAAUUGCAAGGGGAAAAAGGAAGGAGCAAAUCAAGAAAAUAAAAGUGCAAUUUUAUCAAAUUUAUUCAAUUAUAUGUUUCUAUAUAUCCAAGCAUAUGCGGAUUUGUGCGUUAUAUAAUUUGAAUCCGCUUUGUGAUAGAUCUUAUUUAUUAAUCUUUUCAUUUUCACCGUUGGGACCAAUUAAUUACUGAAUAAUUUUGCGUUCACUCCCAGAAAUAAUUUAAAGUGAUCCUAUGCAUUGAAAUUCGUGCCUCAAAAUCUAGCUCGUUUUUUGUAUGAAGAUUUUUUUUUCUUUAAUGAAAUCUGUUUGAAGAAAAUUUGUUGUGCUUGCUUGUUUGCAGACAGGAUUUUAGCCUGGUUGGUAUACAUAAUAUAGUUAACAGGCAAGAAAGUCAAUUUUGCAGGAAGCAAAAGAAACACACUUUGGUGAAAGGGAAAUAAAAUAUUGAAAACAGAGUAUAGAAGAGGUGAAUUAGGGGGUCGAAGAUGGAGGGAUCGUCGGCGCCUGCAUUGCGCCGGGAUCCGUACGAGGUGUUGAGUGUGUCAAGGGAUUCUUCUGAUCAAGAAAUCAAGACUGCUUAUAGAAAGCUUGCUCUCAAGUACCACCCGGACAAGAAUGCUAGUAAUCCCGAAGCUUCAGAGCUUUUCAAGGAGGUUGCAUAUUCGUAUAGCAUUUUAUCUGAUCCCGAGAAAAAGAGACAAUACGAUAAUGCAGGAUUUGUGGCCCUUGAUGCCGAAGGAAUGGAUGUGGAAGUUGAUCUAUCAAACCUUGGAACUGUUAACACAAUGUUUGCUGCUUUAUUCAGCAAGCUGGGUGUCCCUAUCAAGACCACAAUUUCUGCUAAUGUUCUUGAAGAUGCUUUAAAUGGCACUGUUACAGUCAGACCUCUUCCAAUUGGAACUUCAGUCAGCGGAAAGGUAGAAAAGCAAUGUGCUCACUUUUUUGGUGUAACUAUUAAUGAAGAACAAGCUGAAGCAGGCAUUGUAGUUAGAGUUACUUCAGCAGCACAGAGCAAAUUUAAGCUCCUGUACUUUGAGCAUGAUGCAAAUGGUGGGUAUGGCCUUGCCUUGCAGGAAGAAAGUGAGAAGACAGGCAAGGCUACAUCAGCUGGAAUGUAUUUCUUGCAUUUUCAAGUGUACAGGAUGGAUUCUACUGUAAAUGCAUUGGCAAUGGCUAAGGAUCCAGACGCUGCUUUCUUCAAAAGAUUGGAAGGCCUUCAACCUUGUGAGGUCUCAGAACUAAAAGCUGGCACUCACAUAUUUGCUGUUUAUGGAGAUAACUUCUUCAAACCUGCAACCUACACAAUUGAGGCGCUCUGUACAAAGUCGUAUGAGGAUACAACUCAUAAGCUGAAGGAUAUUGAGGCUGAGAUUUUGAGGAAGAGAAAUGAGAUACGCCAAUUCGAAACAGAAUACAGAAAGGCUUUGGCGCGCUUCCAAGAAGUCACCAAUAGAUACAACCAGGAAAAGCAAUCUGUUGAUGAGCUGCUAAAACAACGAGACAGCGUCCACUCUUCUUUUACCGUUUCAAGAUCAGUCGUUACUACAGGUGGAAGUGGACAUUUUAGUAAUGGAAGUAGUGAUUUCAAAUCCGAGAGUCCGGAAGAAGAGGGAAGUUCAGAUUUGAAGGACAAAUCUUCAAAAAAGAAAUGGUUCAAUCUCAACCUCAAAGGAUCUGAUAAAAAGUGAGUGGUAGAUAAUUUCCUGUUUGUUCCGAAGGUAUGAAAUUUUAUUCUUGCAUGCAAACUUUGGGCAAAGUAAUUUUACCAGCUACAUAUGGUUCCCAUUGUAUUGUGUGAUUGGUAUGUUUAUUUUCGAGGCUGUUUUAUGAUAUUUCACUGCUGUAAAAUGUUGAAACUAUAGAGGAUUUUUGUAAUUAGAUUUAUUUAUUUUGGGCCUGUUCUAUACUUAGGCACCAUGUUGUGUAAGCAUAAUAUUUUUUACUUUUUUUUUUCCCCACUAUUUGUUUUAUGGACAUUUGUAAUUUAUAUUUUGAGUUUUA